AUGGCAGCCGCUGAGGCCGCUCCCCAUUUUGGGGCAGAGUUGAAGGAUGCCUUCAAGCCAGUCAACAAUUGGGUUUCCAAUGGCAUUGCUUGGAUGGAGGAGAUACAACAGUUCUACCGGGAACGGAGCGUGAUUGAGAAGGAAUAUGCGGCGAAGCUUACGGCUCUCUGCAAAAAGUACUAUGAUCGCAAGGCCAAGAAGAUCAGUCCGUUGAGUGUUGGAGAUAAUCCUACGAUGACCCCUGGAUCCCUCGAGAGCGCUUCUCUCACGACGUGGACGACGCAAUUGUCGGCUGUGGAAUCGCACGCCGCGGAGCGGGAUAAGUUCGCAACUGACCUGAUAGCCCAGGUCGCAGAACCACUGAAGCACUCUGCGGCCCAAUAUGAAGAGCUGAGGAAGUGCCAUGUCGAUUUCCACGGGAAGCUUGAGAAGGAGCGCGAGGCCAGCUACAGUGAACUGAAGAAGGUCAAGGGCAAAUACGACGGUGCCUGCCAAGAAGUCGAAACCCGGAGAAAAAAGAUGGAGAGCGCCUUUGAUCACGGCAAGACGAAAGCGCAGACAGUGUAUCAACAGCAGAUAUUGGAGAUGAACAACGUCAAGAACACAUACCUCAUAAGCAUCAACGUGACGAAUAAACUCAAGGAGAGAUUCUUCCAUGAAUAUGUUCCGGAGCUGCUUGAUGGUCUACAAGAUCUGAAUGAGACAAGGGUAGCACGGCUGAACGCGCUAUGGUCCCUCGCAGCGCAGCUCGAGAAGUCCUCUCUUACCAAGAGCGCAGACCACAUGGCGAAGCUCACCAACGAGAUUCCUCGGAACCAGCCUCAUCUCGACUCCCUCAUGUUCCUGCGGCACAACGUUACACAGCUUCAGGAGCCCGCCAACGUCGGCUUCGAGCCGAGUCCGGUGUGGCACGAUGAUGAAGCGCUUAUCACCGAUGAGGCGGCCAAGGUAUUCUUGCGUAACCUUCUCAGCAAGAGCAAGACACAGGUUCGUGAAUUGAGAGUGGAAUGUGACCAGAAGCGCCGAGACGUGGAGGCGGCAAAACGUAUACGGCAGAGCAUCCAGGAAGGUCGCGAUAACCGGAACGAAGUGGAUGUCGUGAGGUCGAUCUUCUUCACCCAAGAAUCUCUCCAUGAAAUCGAGCGCAAAAGGCUCACUGCCGAAGUCGAGACAUCGACCAUUAUAUCGGUGGUUGGCGACCUAUCACUUGGCGCAAAAAACCAUAACUUCAAGUCGCAAACAUUCAAGAUACCCACUAACUGCGACCUCUGCGGAGAACGCAUCUGGGGUCUGUCUGCUAAAGGCUAUGACUGCCGGGACUGCGGGUACACCUGCCAUAGCAAAUGUGAAAUGAAGGUACCAGCAGAGUGUCCAGGAGAGCAGACCAAGGAAGAGAAGAAGAAGCUCAAAGCGGAACGUCAAGAACAGGCCAGCGCAGCCCCAGCUGUUGAUCUUGGACCGACCAGCUCAGCUUCCGCAGCUCCGUCCUUAGCGAGACGGGAUACAAUGAAUUCUUUGAGUUCCGGUUAUGCAGUCAGUGCCAACCGGUCUUUAUCAAAUGUUGGCACCCAAGAAUCCGUCUCAGAACUUCCUGAUAGCCCUGCCAGCCCCGCACCUACUGCUCCUGCUGCGACCAAGCCAGCGGUGAAACGAAACCGCAUUCUUGCCCCCCCUCCUGCUCAAUAUGUCAGCAGUCCGCCACCGGCAGAACUACCUGCACCCACUGCAUCUCAGAAAGAGCCACGCGGAAAGAUGCUAUAUCCCUACCAAGCCACAGGAGCAGACGAGGUCACCGUCCAAGAUGGCGAGGAGAUAACUGUCCUCGAGCCAGAUGAUGGGUCGGGCUGGAUGCGCGUUAGAUCAGAAUCUUCGGCCGAAGGCCUCGUCCCCGCCUCCUACGUGGAAUUACUACCCGCCGCCGCUGCCUCCUCCAGUCCUGCUGGUCGUCCUGGAUCUACGUACUCAAACUCUUCUGCGUCACUGGCAGGCAGCACAGCAGCAGCCGGAGCGAAGAGAGUUGGACCUGCUGUAGCGCCUCGCCGCGGAGCGAAGAAAGUGCAGUACGUGGAAGCGCUCUACGAGUACGAAGCGCGAAGCGACAUGGAAUGGAGCAUGGCUGAAGGGGAGCGGUUUGUCCUUGUCAACCGUGACAGCGGCGAUGGGUGGGCCGAUGUCGAGCGCGGGGGCGUCACAAAGAGCGUUCCUGCGAAUUAUAUUCAAGAGGUAUAG